UGACGGAGUAAGAUUCCGGGUCCGGGAGUGGAGACGUUCGGGUCGUACGCUUUCAGCGCUGAAAGUGCGUUUCGACUUGCACUCUGUAAGCGCUGGAAUCGUACGAAUAUAAUAUAAUACCGAAGCCACACGGUACAACGUACGGGUCGAACGCACCCUUUGAGCGUGUACAACGCUGGCUGGAACGCCGUACGCUCUUUUGCCAUUAUACCAGUGAGCACGGCUGCUUUCUGUACAAUGUUCACGGUGUUGGUCGUGUUCGCGAGACAACUGUACGAUUGCGACUCGAGAACUUGCACAAGAAUUGAAAAUUGACAACAACCCGUAGCUACUUUUCCAAGAGGCAAGGAAAGGAGGGCGAUGUAAGACAUUAUGAUUCGCAUUUCAAAAUUCAUUGAGUACUAUAAUAGAACGACAAUGUACUGAAUGAAAAUAACUUUUGGGAAAAAGUAUAAAAUUAAAAAAUGCCAGCACUGAAAUGAGGUUUUUUUCAUUAUUCAAAUUUUUGACUAAACUGUAUAUAUAGGAAUUCAAUUUAUUGAUAGCAGAGCAAACUAAUACCGCCUAGCUUACGCACUGAUGAUAUAUAUAUGGCGAGAAAAGUUUGUUACCGACCGAAUAGAAUGUUUUGCAGUGUUGCCGCUCGUCCGCUAUAUGCUUACACUGCGACAAACUGCGAGAAUUCCCGCCAACCGUGGCCGCCAAUUAAUCCAGAAAUGCGCGGGUUUUCUUUGUUGAUUCUGAUGAAAAAAACCGGAUAAUACCCAUGUGCCACCACGGGUGCUGCUACGAGCGAAUGUCGUGAUAUACAUCUUUUAGAAAAUGUUACAAUGUUAGUAGCCUUCGAGAAUAAAGAAAAUGAAAAUAGUUCACCAGUGCAUUUGUACCUGAACGAACGUGACUCUAAGAGUAGCUUAAGUGAUUGUAAGGAAACAGCAGCUUUACGAUACACAAAAUAUUCACACCAAGCGGGCUGCACCGCUAUUGAUAAUUCUGAACUAUCGGAAUUGCAAUCCAUUUCGAAGAUAAUUGUGAAUGAUGUAGACCACCGAUCAACUAACACCAAUCGUAGCAGGAAACGUCUGAGAUAUUCGAGCUCCGACGACGACAGCAACUUCGGAUCAACCCGUCGAAGUGUUUCGCCCGAAAUCUCAAACCUUGGACUACAGCAAAAAAUAAUCAGCUCGGACGAAGAAAGUACGUCUCAAAUAACACGUCGGAGUGUCUCGCCGGAAAUCCCUUACGGAGAUAGCCCCGCUGCUUACAAACUUCGAGAGUUGAAAGGAGAAUUCCAAAUAAUCAAAGUAGCUAUGGCUAGGCCAAAAACAGGAUCAAAAAAAUGCAGUGAACAGGAGAUUUCUGAAAUCCUAAAUUCAGAUGGCGAUUGUGAACUUUUGUUUGAAAAUAUCAAACAAACCCGAGUAGAUGUCGUUCGAUCUUUACGUAAAAGUUCAAACAAUCCGGUGUCACUGUGUGCCGCAUCAAAAAAAAGCAUUGCGACAACAAGCAGAGCGUUUAGCUGCAGAUCCAGAAGUCGGAAUCCUGUUCCAAAACCAACUUCAGAAACGUCCGAAGAGGAUGAGAAAGAAGAAAAGCUUUCGAUGAAAUACAAAAUUAGAAGAUCUACGGAAAAAAGCAAUUACACAAUGCAACCAAUUCCCUACAAUGGAAAAAGUUUGCCCAAAAGUUCCAGAAGAUCUGAUGUGUCUAUAUCAAAAAGAUUCAUCUCAGGAAAUGAUGAUGAACAGAUUAAACCAAAAAAGAUAAGGGAAAUAUCACAGACUUUGACCAGAUCUAGUGCAUCGACUAGUACCGGCACAUCGAAUGGUAGUGUAAUACAACAAAAAUCAGCAACAGUGUACCGAGCUAGUGAAACACAUAAAAGACAAUGGUCCGAUAAUUACGGUCAGGCCGAAUUUAAACGUGAUUUGGACAGACUCGAGCUUCUUACCGAAAACCAUAAAAGAAAUACAAUUAUGGAAUGCUUUCGAAGGGGAACCAAAUGUUCAUUAAACAAUGAAGGAACAUUUGAAGAAAUCAUAAUAGAUUCGCAACUCGAACAAAUAACAGAAAACUCCAGACGUGAUAUUUCGGAUGAGAGAGAUAAGAAGGACAAUGUUACUGACAAAGAAAAUGAAUCGGAAAGCAAUAUUGAAGAGGACUCCUUCGAUUGUCUCAUCAUCCGUGGGCGAGACAAACGAAAAAUGAAAACGUCGGUAGUUGGAACUGAAAGAAGUCCUGAAAAAAGGAUAAAUAAUUCGCAAAAGAAAUUCACACCGAAGAAAACUCCCCGAAAAAAUGCGCUCCGUGAUUAUGAGAUGAAGAAAAUGAGUGAAGAUCCAGAUACUCCGACAACACCGAGGGGCACGCCCGGUAAAAGGAUUUCCAGAACGGUCGAUACUCCCUCAAUGAAGAAGGGCAACUUGACUCCCUCAAUGAAAUGUCGUACUAGCAAUAUUGAUAAACUGGAUACGAAGUUGGAGGGAGCGAAAGCGAAGCUCCACGUGAGUCACUUACCAAAAUCGUUGCCCUGCAGAGAGGUGGAAUUCAACAAUAUCUAUCAAUUUCUGGAAGGAAAACUACUCGACAAAACCAGUGGCUGUAUUUACAUAAGCGGUACACCGGGAACUGGGAAGACGGCUACGGUAAACGAAGUUAUACGCUGCUUAAAAAAACGCGUAAAAAAAAAUCUGGAAGAUUUCGAUUUCAUCGAGAUAAAUGGGAUGAAACUGUCGGAACCGCGACAGGCCUACGUCGAAAUGCUCAAGCAGAUUUCUAAUGAAACUGCUACGGCCGAUCAGGCUCGUGAAAUCUUGAAAAAAAAGUUUACAGGGCGCCCGGAUGAAAGACCAAUGACGCUGUUACUCGUUGACGAGCUGGACCUGUUGUGCAACAAGCGUCAAGACGUCAUCUACAACCUGUUGGACUGGCCUACACACCCACACGCUUAUUUGGUCGUCAUAACCAUUGCAAAUACGAUGGACUUACCUGAAAGAGUACUGAUGAAUCGAGUUACUUCUCGGUUGGGUCUGACACGUUUGACUUUUAAGCCGUAUACUUUCGCGCAAUUGGAAGAAAUAGUGUUGGCACGACUAAAGGAUCAUAGUGUAUUCAAGAAAGACGCUAUGGAAUUGAUCGCGAGAAAAGUAGCAUCCGUAUCGGGGGAUGCGAGACGAGCUUUGGAUAUGUGUCGUCGAGCGAUCGAAAUAGCUGAGUCUAACAAGGGAGACACCGUUGAUUUGUCCGAUGUCCAGAAAGUGUUGAACGAGAUGAUUACUAACCCCAAAGUUGCAGCGAUCAAAUAUUGCUCGGUAAUGGAAAAACAAUUUUUACAGGCCGUUCGUUCUGAAAUCGCUAGAACCGGAGUUGAGGAAUCAGACUUUAUCAACGUCCAUCAACAACUGGUCUCGAUCUGCUCGUUUGAAGGCUUAGAGGUUCCUAACGUGACUGGAGCACUCGAGAUUUGUAGAAGGCUAUGUAGUAAACGUCUAUUGCUAUGCGAGCGUUCUCGAAGUGAUAUUCAUCAGCGUAUUUUCUUGAACGUUUCCCCGGACGAACUAUAUUUCGCCACACAGACGAUAAACAACGAACAAUGAAACGCUCGCAACGCUCUCCAGUUUCUCGUUUAGAUCAAUUUUUUUUCAUUAUUAUUAUGGUUACUGUUCCCAUACAACUCGAUAAAGUCAAGAGCCCGCAACGUUUAUUCGUUGCUAUUUCAUUUCAAUUUUCGUUUCAACUUUAAAAA